GCAACUCCAACAGCAGCGGGGGAGUCCCGCAGAACAGCCACUGCUGCCGCUGGCUCCUACUCCGGUUGGCGACUGUGAGGUUGUUUUGAUUGAGGUUGACGGAUUUUUUUUUUCUUCGCGUUAUUAGUCUCGCAUUGUGGCGUUCAAAGAUGUUUGUAACACUUUUCUAAGCGCGCAGCCCUGGCCUCUUCCACAGUUCAGCGAUGGAGAAAUAAACUUGGGAAUAACCGAAGUUAAAGCUGAGAGGAGCAACUUUUUCUGACUGCCAUAGUAGUCAACGGACUGACCCGUGCUAAGCUAACCAACUAGCCAGACCAUCGGGUGAUUUUUGUCACGUUUAUAAACGAAAAACUGAACUUCAUAUUCCGAUACUCGUUGCUUAGAUGAGAUUUGCUGUGAGCAGAGAAGCCUGGCCUUCAGAAGCUCACUUUUUUUAGGUCAGAAUGGUGCAGGUGCACCUCCUGCGGCACCUGCGAAAACAGCUCCAUCUAUAGAAAGCUAACUUUUUUUCGUGUUAGCUUCAAGCAGUAAAAUAAUGUGAAUAACUUUAUAUAAUAUAUCGUCGCUGAUAUAUACGACUUCAGUUGAAGAGUACCAGUGUUAUGUUGCUUUUAGGCGUCAGCGGCGGCAUUAGCUAAAAAGUAUUUCGGCUAACUUAAGCUAACACCCGUUAGCUAGUCUCUGACUCUCGUACAUGUACCGGAGUGGCGACGUGGAUACAGGUCUGUUGACGCUCUCUCCCACGGGACUUGGGACACGGCGUGACACUGCCGUGGGCUACGCUCGGGAUUCCCCUGUGUUCUCAUCAGCCAGUCGCUAUAGCAAUGACAGCAUGUGGAUUUCAGAAAGUUGCCUCUUAACGUUUUAAAGUUUUCCUUUAGUUCUAAAAGCUCAGCACCCUAUGGUGCCGCUACGGCCACCGAGAAAUGGAUGUCUCGCAGGCCGCUUUCCCAAACGGUGAAGGGCGGCCGGGCGGCGGUGACACCGGGGAGCAUGCCUGGACAGAUUCACCCACAGUUCGUGCGUGGGCUCAUUCUGCCCCGCUCUGCCCGACUCGCUCCCUGUGGACAGCCGCGUACGACUACGAGGCAAGCGGCGAGGAUGAGCUCAGUCUGCGGCGAGGGGACGUGGUGGAGGUCCUGUCGAAGGACGCAGCGAUUUCUGGGGACGAGGGAUGGUGGACGGGUAAAAUCAAUCACCGGGUGGGCAUUUUCCCAUCUAACUAUGUCACCUAUCAGCCCGCUAUUUACCGUCUCCCAGCGAGUCAUGGAUCUGUUGGGACACCAGAGCGAGUCCCGAGCUCGCCCGUGCAGAUCCCAUUCUCGGAACUGGUGCUUGAGGAGAUCAUCGGUGUGGGCGGAUUUGGUAAAGUUUACCGGGGCACUUGGAACGAUCAAGAGGUUGCAGUGAAGGCUGCUCGUCAAGACCCAGACGAGGACAUAACAGCCACCGCUGGCAGCGUUAAACAAGAGGCAAAACUUUUCUCCAUGCUGCAGCACCCCACCAUAAUUAAACUGGAAGGAGUUUGUUUAGAGGAGCCCAACCUGUGUCUGGUUAUGGAGUAUGCUCGAGGUGGGACAUUGAACCGUGCUUUGACCGGAAGGCGCAUCCCUCCACACAUCCUGGUCAACUGGGCCGUGCAGAUUGCACGCGGGAUGCACUAUCUGCACGAGGAGGCGGUGGUACCCAUCAUCCACCGUGACCUGAAGUCUAGCAACAUUUUAUUACUUGAAAAGAUCGAGAAUGACGACAUCGGGAGGAAGACCUUGAAGAUCACAGAUUUCGGCCUGGCCAGGGAGUGGCACAAAACCACAAAAAUGUCAGCAGCAGGCACCUACUCCUGGAUGGCCCCCGAGGUCAUCAAGUCGUCUCUGUUCUCAAAAGGCAGUGACGUCUGGAGCUAUGGUGUCUUGCUGUGGGAACUGUUAACAGGGGAGGUGCCAUAUCGAGGGAUAGACGGCCUGGCUGUAGCCUACGGCGUGGCAGUCAAUAAGUUAACGCUACCAAUCCCCUCCACCUGUCCGGAACCCUUCGCUAAGCUCAUGGAAGAGUGUUGGGAUCAGGACCCACACGUGCGUCCCUCCUUCUCCUGCAUCCUGGAUCAGCUAUCGGCCAUCGAGGAGGCUGUGAUGGCCACCAUGCCCCAGGACUCCUUUCACAGCAUGCAGGAUGACUGGCGCGUGGAGAUUCAGGAGAUGUUUGACGAGCUCAGGACCAAAGAGAAGGAGCUACGUUCGAGGGAGGAGGAGCUGACGCGCUCCGCCCUCCAGCAGAAGUCUCAGGAGGAGCUACUGAAGCGUCGGGAGCAGCAGCUGGCAGAGAGGGAGAUCAACGUGCUGGAAAGAGAGCUCAACAUCCUCAUAUUCCAACUCAACAAAGACAAGCCCAACGUGAAGAAGAGGAAGGGCAAAUUCAAACGCUCCCGCCUCAAACUCAAGGAUGGAAACCGCAUCAGCCUUCCCUCAGACUUCCAGCAUAAGAUCACCGUGCAGGCAUCGCCGUCUAUGGACAAGAGGCGGAGUCUUCACAGCACCAGCUCCUCUCCACCCAGCAGCCCCACACUCAUCCCCCGCCUAAGAGCCAUUCAGCUGACGUCCCAUAUGCAGAGGGACAGUUUAUAUGUUUACCAACAGGAUGUUGAUCUGACCAGCGAGCUCACAGCCGUCUCUGAGCUCAGAAGGAAAGUUACUCAAGAUGAGAGUAACCGUACGUGGGGCCGCAGCGCCCUCUUCAGGCCAGAGGAGUUUGACGACGUGAAAAGAGGAAUCAAGAAGAAAGGGAGAACCUGGGGCCCCAGCUCAAUACAGAGCAAAGAAAGACCUGCUGCUGCUGAGAGGGUGCGUCCUCUGUCAGACGGCAGCAACCCCUGGUCCACCAGCCUGGUGAAGUCUCAGAAGUCUGUCCCUCUCUCUGCCCUGUUUGCCGAACAAGCGGGGGCCGGUAAAGACGAGGCAUUCGUGCAGGAAGGUCCCGACAGCAGCUCCAAAUCAAAGCAGCUCAAGUUCCCCAACCAGGUUUACAUUGAUCUACCUCUAUGGAGGGACGAGCAGCAGCCUCAGAGCCCCGGUUGGCAUUGUGGGCCUGGAGAGUCUGGGGUCGGGGCAGCAGGUCAGGGGGGCCUGGCAGAGACUGCAGACGACCCCUACACCACCACCUCCACCUCGUCCACCUCCACCACCCCACAGCUCACCCCCACCAACAGCCUGAAGCGGACGUCAGCGCGCCGCAAGACUGACUCGGUGUUGUACGGCUGCGGCUCGUUGCUGGCAUCGGUUUUGCUCGGCUAUGACAUCAGGGAGGCUCUCAAAAACUCGGCCCCCGGCGAAGAUAGUGAGCCGCCGCGUGAUGAGAAAGAGAAGAAGAAGAAGGAGGGCCUGUUUCAGCGCGCCACCCGCUUCCGACGCAGCACCUCGCCGCCAAGCGGCCGCUCUCGCAAAGACGAGGUUUUGACGAACCACACCCCCGCGCAACCUGUUAAUCUCAUCUCCAUGUCAGCCAUUAUGGAAUGCAACUCCACCAAGUGUCUCCUGCCGUCCGAGGCGGACGCGUCAGUGUUGAACACUGGGAAAGUUGAGCCUGUGGUGGACGAUAAUCACGCAGAACCACCCAGAGCCACUGGCCAAGCGGCAUCCACAGAGGGCCAGCUUAACAGGACAGCAGCUAAAACACAGACAGUGCAAACCCAAAGCCAGCCACCAGAGCAGAGCAACCAGAACACGGGGACAAGGCUGCGAAGAAAGAAAUACAUCAACCACAAUAGCAAUGGCCCUCCCACUCUGGCUCCUCCCGCCUCACAGAAGAAACAGGAGAAAGAGAAGGAGGGAGCGUCAGAGAAGUCCUCCAGCGGGGAGUCCCACUCCAGACCACGGCCAGUGUCGUUCCGAGCCAAACCUCACGCCUGGGCCCUGCUGCGAGGACGCAACAAGAGCUACUCCCUGGGCCACUACUCUGGCGAGAAGGCGGCGCAGAACCUGAACAUGGUGCUGACGUCGGAGGUGGGGGUGGGCUGCUCCCUGCUGGACAUGGACACGGAGGGACAGAAACGAGACUGCACCGUGCCGCUCUGCCGCAUUCAGAGCUCGCCGGCGCGGCAGACUGUCUUUGAGCUGGAGAAAGAGUUCCUCUCUUAGGAGCGUUGAGAAGUGAUCUGCUGUUCUCAUCGUUCACCCCAUGCAAUCCUGAGCUUUCCCAGAACAUACAGGUUUAUUUGUUUUGGUCUAGAACUCCUGGAGGGUAUAGAACCAGGCUGCCUUUGAGGGGAAGAAAAAAAAAAAGAAAGUUCUAUAACCUAGAACCCAGCUUUAUCUUAGUCCUAGAAUGUAGUGAUGUCAUCGUUCUAGAGCAUAACCAAGUGUGAGGUUUCUCGAGCACGUCUGUGUCACAGAUGAUUCUAGAAUGUUGCACCUUUGUCUCAGUUUGAGAACAGUCUUCCCCGUGUGUGUAUGUGUGUCUGAGCGUGUGUGCGUCGUCUGACACAUUCACUGACAUACACACUCGUGUGGUUCUGAAAGCUGAGCAGAACACACCAGAGCUGGAUCAGCAGCUCUCUCUUCCUCUCACCCCUCGGUGCUCGACUGUCACCCCUCACUUCUCCUCCUUCCCUCCCUUGUCCUGUCGGUGCAGCUAAACGUUGACCGCCCGCUGCAGCUUUCACAACACAAUACCCUCACCUUUUUAUUUAUAUAUAUAUUUUUAUAGGUAAUUUAAUAUGGAAAGACUUGACCGUACGUUAGCGACCAGCAGGACAUACAUUCCAUGUGUCAGUUUCACAGUGGUGUCAUCACGCUUUUAGAUUUUUUUUUUUUUUUUUUACUUGAGAAUCAUGCAUGCAUGUACCUUUAAUGAUGAACAAAAAAAAACAAACUAUAUUAUGUGUUGUUUUGUAAAUAUUUCUUCUUAUCCAGCGUCAUGCUGCCAGUUGUUUUUUGUAUUUCCUGCACGCUGUCUGAUGACGGUUUGUGCUUUUAGGCGACAUACUGGAGCGCAGCAGGGAUGAAAGUGUGUUUUCCUCCUCAAACGCCCUGAAGAUUCUGGGAAUUUUCCCCCCACCCUGGAACGUUGAAUUUUAUUUCUAAUGACCUUUUUGGUCAUGUGUUGCUAAUAUUUUUUUUUGUGUGUAUUUAUAGAAAGUUUUCUUUGUAAUAUUUCAUGUGUUUGGUACACUGCGUCAGAGGGUGAACAACACUUCUGUCAGGAAAAAUCUGCCUCAGAUUACUGAAUUCUCAGCGUAAUCCCACCGAGGGCAUCUGAUUGGCUGGAGCUGUGAUGACACAGCGUGAUAUCAGUUUAAACUGUGGACAGAUUACCAUAGAGCCUGGGAGCGGCCUCACAGGAGGACGUUUUUUUGCAAAAAAAAGAGAGUUUAAUUUUUAUCGUCAUGUGCUCGCAACUUUCUAAUUCAUGCAAUCAAGUUUUAGUUCUGUUUU